CAUUACCACAUACUGGUGAGUUGUACAAUUAAUCAUUUAUUUGUAUUUGUUUCUUUGGCCGUCCCUCAAAAUAUGUCUCAAAGUGAAACUCCUUCAAGGUGCAAAUCAGGUUUGGGACUGCUGUUUUAACUCAAGCUAAUGAAAAGUGCGUUUCUUCAAUGAGAAAAAUGAAGCCCAACGUGCACUCGAUUUGCUUCAAUUCAGACUGUAUAUAUUAUUUAUUAAAAAUAAAGCGCAAAAUACUUCAGUAAUUUCUCUACCAUAAUUAAUAAAGAGCAUGGUGAUCUUUCAGUUGAUCUCCCCUGAAUCUUUGUCGCUGUUGUCUUCUAGCUUCUAUGGUUACAGCAACUUAAAAGGGUACAUCUUGCCACUACCGAAGGUUUCAUUCUGAUUAUAUAAACCCAUGAAUUUCUUUUAUCCAGACCUCUAUCAACACAAAUGUGCAUGCUCUAUUAUACCGUCACGUUAUGAACAUAACAGUGUCUUUUGUCUUUGAGCUCGGCAUUUAUGCAACAUCCACAUUGCGCUAUGGAGUCAUUUCCUGCAAAAAUUUGACUUUGGCAACCUACUGAGUUCGGCAGCUAAGUCUAUUAGCGUGACGAUACUUCAGUGAACACAGGCCAUUUAGAAUGCACUGGCUUGCCACCAGUUUCACAAGACUUCCUGAAAGUGAAAAAGGAGUCGGUCAGUCUUUCAAACUGUAAACAGCAGUUAAUAGAAUCCACGCCCGGUGAUCUUGCUUCAAUUUAACAGACAUUCUGCGUGUAGUUUCAGACCAAUCCGACAAUCCGUGCUGCAAAGACAAACCAAAUGGCAACAACACAGACGGAAACUAUGAUCCUCCACCUCGUAAGCCUAGUUUUCAUAUUGCCACUGCAAACAAGUGGUGCAACGACAUUUGGCCAUGGUGACAGUAUAAUUGGAGUGACAACUGGUGAGAUCAAAGAAAAUCGCACUCACGUCCGGCAACCAACAAUCACUUACAAUCAGAAACCUCCAAACAUCACAGAAGAAAUGAAGGCGGCUCAGGCAACAACAACCGGCAUCAUAACUUCCCUGAAAACAAAUCCACCGGUAGGAAUGACAAACGCCACCAAAGUAAUUCAAAGCACUGCAUCUCCAAUGCUCACAAGAUCCACCCAAAGCCAGAACAUGGAACAAACGGUCCUCCCCUCGACUAUUAAAAUGACCCAUUCAUCUACAGACUCAAAACUCAUUUCUAGUGCAGCCGCAUCUUCAACCUCAUCUGUCGAAAACAAACCUACAAAUACAGGUGGGGAUACUACGCCGUCCACAGAGUCAUACAAACCUUCAAGAGUCACUAUCACUGAGCCAAAUAAAAUCCAAGAACCUCCAACAGAAAAUUUGAAUCAUGUCUCAAUUCACAGCCAAGUAGUGGCAGGACUAAUAGGUGUGGCUCUGGUAUCAAUGAUUGUUGGAAUCUUGGUCAUUGUUGUGAAGAAACGCAAACUUCAGAAAGAGCAGUUAACAACGACUGCCUGGGCUGGUCCUUCGCCAUUUCUCAACCACGGAGAUGACAACGGUCGAGUAACACUGAGGUCAUCGAAUAGGAUUUCUGCCGCCAGUUUCCUGGCUCAGAAAACUUCCAAAAGGCUGUCUUUUCUCCCGGAAAUACAAGAGGAGUCGGAAGCCAAAACACCAGCUUCUACUUUCGGAAGGACACAUCAAGGGAGUACAUCUGAAUCAGAAUUGGAUACCAGAAGUGCACUGGAAAGAAUUGAUACAAAAAAGACUGAGGAUAAUUCUCCCAUUGUAACUUCAACGAAACAAAGCAUCACAAAUGGCGAUGCUGGCAACGAAAACUGUGACUCUAUCUGCACUCAGGAAAACGACUUUGGGCAAUCUUAAUUACGCAAAAAAUCUUAACCAACAAAAGGUCAUUGACAAAUACCCUAUGUAGAACAA